AUGCUCCGCUCUGCGGCCGUCGCGCGACGGUCUCUCCCGUCGCUCAUCGUGAAGCCGCCAGCCUUUUCUCGCUGUCAGAGGGCCCGCACAUCAACAGCACCAACGCUCUCAGCACCACCAGCUCCACAGCCCUCCGCCUAUCAGCCUGUGGUCGAUCUGAAGCUGUCGGAUGAGUUGCAGAGGGGGCUGCACGACGUGAUGGGCAUCGCUCGGCUGACCGCAGUGCAGCAGAUGACAUUCAGGCCAGCGAGCGAAUGGAGCGAUGUGCUGAUACGGGCGCCGUCAGGCAGCGGCAAGACGGUGGCCUUUCUGUUACCUGUGCUGCACAAGGUAGGGUAGGUGCCUGUGCCUUUCUCAUCAGUCAGUAGACAGACAUUGUUUAUUCUCUGCCUUGUAUGGUGUGUGAGCUUUCUUUUCCGUCAGCUGCACUCGGUGCUUGCUUCCGGCAGCAACAGCACCAGCGGCAUUUCGUGUCUGAUCAUCUCUCCCACUCGCGAGCUGGCCAUGCAGACGCACAGCACGUGUGAGCGGCUGCUGCAGUACCACAGGUCCAUGACCUGCGGCUUGAUGGUUUCCGGCGGCCCCAUCGACGACGACCUCAGGCGAAUCCGGGAAGACCGACCCACUGUCCUGGUAGGGUAGGCUGCCUACGCACACGAGCAGACAGAGAGUCAGUCCAUCGUGUCAGCCAUUUGUGUAUUGAUUGCCCUGCCGUCGACUUCUGAUGCGAUGCAGAUAGUGACUCCCGGGAGGCUGGUGGACCACAUGAAGCGGACCGAUCACUUCCUCCCCGCCCUCAAGCGGUCUCUGCGAGUGCUGAUUGUCGACGAGGCGGCGCACCUGCUGGACCUGCCGUGCAUCAAGGCCCUCCUGGCAAUUAUCAACCGGCUGCCCGAGGACCGGCAGACUCUGCUCUUCACCAGCACUGUGGACGAGGGCGUGCGGCGGAUGGCACAGCGGAUGCUGAGGACCAACUUUGAGUACUUGGACUGCACGGCCGUACUCAGGAAUCAUGAUAUUAUGUGGAUGGAGCAAAGACAGAGAGGUGAUGUUAUCGAUGAUACUGCGGCCGGCGACGUGCCCGAGCUCGCCCCCUCUGUCACGCGCCUGUCGUCCCACGUGCCUGUGGAGACCAUCCCCACUCCCACCAAUCCGUCCCUCUCUCAGCACUUCCUCCACUACCCCUCAGAGCGCUUCUUCCUGGUGCUUUACAACCUUAUCGAGAGGGAGCGGCAAGCAGCCCCCGAAACAUACAAGCUGGUGGUGUUCUUCCCCACUGUGCGGUUUCUCCAGUUCGCCUACGUCUUGCUCAAACACCUUGUCUACCGGGGGCAGCCGGAUGUGGGCAUGAUGGCGCUCCACAGGCACCUCACCGUGGCUCGGAGAAGGGCCGCUUGGGAUCGGUUCGCGGGUGCCAGUAGGGGCGUACUGUUUGCGAGCGAUUUGGCGGGCAUGGGGCUGGACCUCCCGAAUGUCACGCUCGUCGUGCAGGUGAGGUGCGAAUCACGUGCAUUGCAUGGUGGAGGGACACGGAUCCACCCUGUGAUCUGUUUGUCUGCGUCAGAUUGGGCAUCCCCCCACUGCUGACCAGUAUAUCAACCGUGUUGGACGAACAGCCAGGUGAGUGAGGACAGCACCGAUGCAACCAACGUCAAUAUAAUGAAUGUCUCAGUGACUGUGUGCCGCUGCUGUGCUGUGCUCACACCACACAGAAUGGGUGAUUCCGGUCGCGCCCUGCUGCUCCUGAAUGAGCUCGAAAGCCACUCGCUGACGCCGCUCCUUCGAGCCCACGUGCCCAUCCGGCCGGCACCCUCCUCUCUCAAGGAAUCCCUCCUGCUGCCCUCCCCACUGCUCGACCGGCUCUUCGCGCCAUCACCGAUCGACUUCCAGCCCAACCUGAGCCAAGACAGGACGCCCAUGCUGCAAAUCGGUGGAUCGCCCUCCGUCCUUCCUGCACUGGUGUCUGACGAUCGGUUGCUGACGAGUGGCGACGCUGGUGUGGAUGGGCAUGGGGAGCACCAGGGUCAGGUGGCGGAUUGUGUCAGAGGGGAUCAUCGGCAUUGGUACAGCGUGCCGCAUCUGUAUGCCUCUGGGGCUCUGGCCUAUCGGUCGCUGGUCGGGUACUACGCCAAAAUGUGGGACACACUCAGGAUCGAGAGGUCCGGAUUUGACGUGAACCAAGAGAGGCAACAGUGUGCUUUUGCGUUCCCUUCGCAAACCGAGGUUUGGUCACAUCCAUCACAUGUGGCAUUCCGUGUGUGUGUGUGUGCAGCAAGUCCGUGCCCGCUGUGAUUAACAAGGUGUUCGAGUCAGCUGGCUUACGCAAGCCACCAGUCGUCACCAAACAGUUCGCCGCCACCAACCAACUCAUCGACGCACCAGGUAUGACGACCCACUCACACACACACGCACCCACACACAUGUUACGUGUAAGUGACAUACAUUCGUGUAUACGGACGGCGCUGUUGCCGCAGGUCUGCACUAUGACUACCACGCGACUCGGAAGACGGCCCUGAUCGCUGCUCUGCCGGGCUAUGCGGGACACGCCUCGAGGCUGAGGCAGGUGACACACAGACAACGGGCGGCGAUGAAUAACGGCGUCUGA